AAUUUACUCUCUGCCUACCUCCAGCGCGUUCUCCGGCGCCCAAUAAAGCGCGUAGCCGCUUCUUGUUACUCUCUAUACCCUAGAGCCUCUCGAACUCUUUCCUGUCACUCCACCAUGUCAGGCUUGUUCGGCAAUCUAGGCGGCCAAAACAAACCAGCAGUAAGUGGAUUGUUCGGUAACAGCGCAACUACAGCGCCAGCAUCUACAACAAAACCAGCGCCAGUAUUUGGGUCCGUAACCCCUUCGGUUCCUCAAAAUCAGAACAGCAGUCUGUUUGGCUCAACAGCAGCCCAGCCGCAACAAGCAGGGAUUGGUUUUGGCAACCCUCCAGCGACCACGACAUCACAAUCGACAGCGAUUUUUGGGGGAAGCUUGGGCGCUACACCCGCGUUCGGAAAUACAGGACAGUCAAAACCAAACCUCUUUGGUGGUGCCCAGACGAAUACGACAUCACAAUCGACCGGAUUAUUUGGAGGAGGAGCGGGUGCUACGCCAGCGUUUGGAAAUGUAGGGACAGCAAAUGCGGCCAGCAAUCCGCCCGCUGGAAACAGCUUAUUUGGAGGGUUGGGAAGCAAUACCUCGCAGUCACAACCAGGUCAGCAAUCCAUUGGUGGAAGCCUUUUCAGCUCGACGUUUGGAGCUCCGCCGCAGGGGCAAACACAACAGCAGCAAUCGCAACCGCAAUCGUCAGGCUCGCUCUCGCAAUCAACCACGGCUCCUUCGCAAUCUGCCUACUUUGACCAUCUCCUCGAACGAGGGAAGAAAAGGAAUCGACAACAGAAUGAUGCAGGGCAAUUCAACGAGCUCCCGAGCCUACAGCUUGGUCUUGGGGACAUUGCUAGAAAAGUGCGCAACCUAGGCGCAAGCGGAGCACCAAUAGCUCAAGCGCGCGACAGCAAAGCACACUAUUUACUUGCAGCGUCAGGCGUUUCGACAGGAGCUGCGUUGAAAGACCUCAAUUCGUUCAAGGCGCAAGCUGGGAUCGGGGCAGCGGUGUCUUCCCAGGCCGCAGAUACCGACGUAGACACGUACAUUGCCAAUCUCCAAUCACAAUCCACACUUGCUAUGAUUGCAGAGGGUUUGGAGCAGUCCAAGCGCGACUUCGAUACAUUUCUGGAAGACAACGUUCAGAUGGAAUGGGAUGCGCAACGUAAACGUAUAUACGAACACCUUGGCCUGUCUAAGCCACAUGAGGACAUAGAUGGCGAACAUAACUCUCCGAAUCCAGCAGUCCGGGGCGCUUUUGGGAAAUCUAGCCGUCGGAAUCGAUUAGGAGGUACCACAAAUGGUGCGGGAAUGUCUCUCAGGGGAGCAAACAUGGGUCGAUCAGUCAUUGGGACACCCAGCAAUAGCCGAUUUGGCAGAAGUCAUGCGGGAGCAGACACCGGCGAUAAAUCAGGUCCUGGUGCUCAGCCAGAGAAUCCAUUGACCCGUGGCAAGCAAGAGAAGUUUGCAGAGAAGGUCAGGGGUCUGAACACAGCGAGGGAUAGAGACUGGACUUAUGCUAUUCUGGCGCAAUUCUCCGAAGUCGAGUCACAGUCUGGAACAGACACUUCGCAACAAUACGUAGAUGCCUAUAAGGCACUCAUGAACAUCACUGGAGAAGUUGCGACGGAACGUCCGACUGAUCCUGGGUCGAUAAGGGAACGACAGUAUGCGAAAGCAUACUUAGAUGAUAGCACAAACACGGCCGACAGCAUUCAUAUACGCAAGCGCAUUCUGAGUGGAUCACUCAAGUUUUUGGAAAACAAAUUUUUACUCGACGUACAAAAUGCGGUCGACAAGAAUCGACAAGAAGCAGCUCCAGGCGGUGUUCCAUCAAUCAUCAGUACCGUACGUGCUUACAUCACACUUCGUGCGAAUCGCAAAGAGCUCUGCAAGAAUCCCGAUCUACUCCAAAUAGUAGGGGAUGACUACUGUUGGGUAGUAGUCUUCUAUCUGCUCAGAGCUGGCCUGAACUCAGAAGCCGUCAACUAUGUCAAGGAACGUGAGCGCGCUUUCCGGGCAUUUGAUCGUCGCUUUCUAGAGUACAUCACAGCUUAUGCGAAAGAUCCCGAGCGAAGGUUGCCGCGUGAGAAGCAACAAAGCUGCAGUAACGAGUUCAAGAACCGCAUGCAGAAUCCAGACCUAGAUCCCUACCGCCAGGCCUGUAACAAGAUAGUUGGACGCUGUGAUCUUGGAAGGCGCACUCUUGGAGAACUUACUCAAGGUAUGGAUGACUGGGUAUGGCUACAGUUCAAUCUAGCCCGCGAAACCAAUCGUGUCGAAGACAGUGCGGGUGAGGCCUUUGGUCUGGACGAAUUGAGGAGUACAAUGGCCGAAAUUGGCAAGAAGCAUUUUCCUCUGGGCACCGAGGGCACCAACGGCUUUACAGUGUUCUUCUUCUUACAGAUUCUGGCGGGCAUGUUUGAAGAGGCUGUAAGCUACCUGUACCAACACAACUAUGUAUCGGCCGUCCACUUCGCCAUCGCUCUUAGCUACUAUGGGCUUCUUCGCGCCUCAGACUUUGCUACAUCCGGCUCGGAGAUCCUCACCUUUACGACACGGAACAAACCACAGCUCAAUUUUGCUCGUAUGAUUGGUCUCUACACUAUGGACUUUCGGGCUGCCAAGUCAGAUGUCGCUGUCGAGUAUCUUAUCCUCAUUGCUCUCAACGCCGAUCUGCCCGGUCAACUCGGCCAAACCCACACCGAUGUUUGCCAGGAAGCUCUUCGGGAGCUCGUUCUCGAAACGCGUGAAUUCGCGUCUCUGAUCGGCGACAUCCGCAACGAUGGCCAACGUAUCAAAGGCGCCAUCGAACGCCGUCUUCGCUUAGUCAAGCUCCAGUCGGACAAUGACUUCCUGCGCAAGGUGACCAUCAACGCAGCACAUGUCGCCGACAGCAACGGCCGCAUGACCGAUGCCGUGCUUCUCUACUACCUCUCUAACGAAAUGUCCAAAGCCUUCGACGCCGUUCUACGCGUCGUGUUCGAAUACCUCGCCACCGACCUGGGCACGUCCGCCACAAUCGAGCCCCUGAAGCCACGCGCGACAGACACGCAGGCCAACGCACCAACAAACAGUAGUCUCAGUCUCCUCGCAACUGAAGACCCCCUGCAGCUUGGCGAAGCCUUCAAACAGCUGCGCGAGCGCUGGGGUGACGUGAACAACUAUACUACGCAGACCAUGGAGCAGGACGCGCUCUUGAACGUCCAACUGCUCAUGGUCAAAGCGAAGCGGCUCGUCGAGGCUGGGAACUGGGGCGCGGCGCUGGACUGCAUGACUCAAUCCAACAUCCUCCCACUCUCAGCCAAAGGAAACACAGCAGCCAUCCGGCAGAGCGUGACCAACAUGAACCAGUGGGACUACAUCAUGCGCAAUGCCGGCAACUUCAUUCUCUGGGCCAUCCUGUGCUGCGGCAAGCAGCGCGAGGUGAUUAUGCAGCGACAGUACGAGAAUGCGCAGAGCAAGAAUGUGGCGGACGACUUGCUGCAGAAGGCGCGGGAUCUCAUGGUGUUUGCGGGCCUGGUCCGGUAUAAGCUGAGCCCGAGGGUGUACGAGGCGUUGGCGGAGGUGGGGCAGGAUGUUGGUGUUUGAUGAGGGAGAUCUGGGGAGGCUCGGGAGAUGAUUGUUUUCGGUCUGGUUGUGGGGGUAUUGCCGUGGUUUGUGGGAGCAAUUCGCACGAUGGGCACAAGUCUCGACGUGAUGAGAGAGAGAGAGAAGGGGAAUGUAUGAUAGAGGCAAAACGCGGCCUAGCUGGUUGCUUGGAUAGAUGGAGAGAGACACAACGAUAAUAAACUCUGUGUUUGCCAUGACGUUGUGUUGUCUCUCCGGGAUGAUUAUAGAUGCAAGUUCAUGAUUCUAAUUACAAUAGUCCAGUGUCGGCAUAUGGCGUGUAUACUGUAGUGAGGUACUAGUAUCGCCGCCCCCCAGGCCACCG